AUGGAAUCUUCGCAGAAUGCAAUCGACGGCUGGAUGGAUGACUAUCGAGCCAACUCCAUUGGCAUGUCAGUGGAGGCGGUGGAAUUAGGUCUCAUCAGCCACAGCAUGCGCCACAUCUCCGAAAAGCAGAUGAAUAGAUGUGACGUCAAAUCGGACUUGGAUGAUAUCAGUCUUCAGCUGGCUAGAGUGUAUGUGGACUAUUCCGAUGAAGACAAAAGAGACAUUGAUGCGGAAGCUGAAUGGGAUGCAUAUUCUUCUAUGGAAGAAUGUUCCGGAGACAGUGCUUGCCAAACACCGCGCACGUUAAGCUCAGUACCUAUAGGAGAAAAUGCAAUAACCAAAGAAGACGGCAAUAUUUGUCUGUUUCGAAUGCAUGAGGUUCCAAAGCGGUUGAAUCCACGUUGUUUCCAGUCUCAUCGUGUCUCUCCAGAUCAACUUGGCAAGGUGCAUGUAAACCCUGCAUGUCCUGAUUCGGCUGGUUCCCAUGAAUGUACUGCUACAGCACGCCGAAACUCGAUGGAAUAUAGAUAUACUAGAAUUGAAGAUGAUAAAGUCAUGUGUCGGUUCUGUUACCGUCAGAGAUGGAUUUCAAAGGAAAAUCUCGAGAUGCAUUUGACAAUGGCCCAUGGCAUCGCGUUCCCGGAAGAUGGAGAUUCUUGUGACUGUUUGUGGUUGCCCCUUCCCACACAACUGUUUCAACAAAAUCCAAGAAAGCUAAAGAGGAUGCAUUGCAAGUGCCCCAGUUGUGGCGGGUGGAUCAGGCUAGGUUUUCCAGAAUCACUCCCUGAGACAAACACCACGGUUGAUACAAUCUCGAGGCCAUUUGAGGUAAUGGGAUUGUAUACGAACUACUUCGAACACAUAAUGAAAUGUUUGCAAUAG